AUGUCUUUUACAGGUACAGAGACAGAUUUCUUUGCCGAGAUUCGAGGCUGCCGGUGCUUGGCCAAUUAUCACCGUAGCCAUAUGUUUCAGGAAUGUCAAAAAUGCGGACAAGGGCUGGAAUGCAAGGAUGAUUAUGCAACCUUGAAACCCGGAUAUUGGUGGAACUGGAGAAACGAGUCUUUUAAGGAUCGUUACCAGAAUUUCAUAAAAAAUCUUUUGACAUCUACACAAGCAUUAGGGGAGGCUGAUGUACAAUAUCCUCACCCAAUACCCACGCCCUACAGAUGUCCACUGGAAGACUCCUGUGAAGGUGGGUUGGAUUCUCCUUGCAAGAUUGGUUACAAAGGCCCACUUUGCAGUGUCUGCAGUUCUGGCUAUUACAAACAGUUACACACAUGCCAAAGAUGUCCAACCAAGACGUGGAUAGCUGGGCAGUUGGUUAUAAUUGUUGUGAUCAUCAUGAUAAUCAUUGCAUUAUCAGUAUGGAAAAGUAAAACAAAAUACGGAAAAAAUGAGGGACAACGAUCAGUGAUAGACACCUUUUUGUCCAAGAUCAAAAUCGCUAUUGGCUUUUAUCAGGUUACUUACGGUUUAUUGGAAGCCUUCUCGUACGUAUCAUGGCCAGAUUCACUUCAAUUAGUCAGCAGGUAUUCAGCCAUACUACAGUUGAACAUUCUUCAAAUAGCGCCAGUUCAUUGCCUUUCUGAUGGACUGCGUGUCGACGCUUUCGGAAACCUGAUUACCAUUAUGGCAAUAAAUGCUUGUUUUGUUGGCUUUGCAGGGAUGGUGUAUAUUUUACGUAAAAAUAUCAUUUUGAGAAAUCAACGCCUUAAAGCCGAUGAAAAGUCGAGUAAAGUUAUCGCGCUAAAAGAAGCAGUUUAUAGAAAUCUGUUCUUUGUCCUGUACGUGACUUACCUGAACACAUGCUCAAAUACCGCCUCAGUUCUCCCAAUUUCUUGCCGAAGUCUUUGCCAAGACAAAGAAGAAGAGACAUGUUCAAAAUAUCUAAAAGCAGAUUACAGCGUACAGUGUAGUAAUUCAAGGUUCAACUAUCUGGUACUAACUGCCUACAUUUCAGUUGUCUACAUCAUCGCUUUGCCUAUUGCAAGUUUUGUCGCCCUUUGGAGGCAUCAAACAUUAGAAAACUCCGCGGAAGACGAAACUAACGAAAUAGUAAAUGGGUUGCGCUUUCUCUUCGAGAACUACAAACCUCGUUCCUGGUAUUGGGAGCUGAUUGAGAUGUCUCGCAAAGUUAUCGUUACAUCCGGUCUUGUCCUCUUGGGAAGCGGAACCAGGUCAUACAUUGGUUUGACAUGGGUCGUUGGAGGAAUGUAUGGGGUUCUUUUCGCCUGGGUCCAGCCCAUAAAAGACGGAUUUGAGAACUGCCUAAUGGUGACAUCUCUUGCACUGACCGUUGUUAACUUGGGAAUUGGAGCUGUGAGUAGGAUUCCGGAAGAAAACAUACCCAUCUCAAACGACGCCUAUAUGGAUGGGGUUAUUUUCAACUUAAUGGUUCUUGUAGCAAACGCCUUGGUCCUGGGGCUUCUGUUAUGUAAGAUGUUGUUUCCAUUAUUAUUUUUUUCCGCUUUUACUGUACCAGUCGUUUGUACGUAGUGGCACUGAAUUAAACACUGAGGACUUCACUAAUAGCCUUUAAAACUGGCACUUAACCUUUGCUUUGCCUGGAAUAAAACAAACUAAGUUAGUAAUAUUCAAAUACUUUGAGUUGUCAGUUGUUUACAUCAUAAAACAACUUCAGUUGGGAAUUUUUUGUUACCGCAGUGAAAAGGCAGUUAUAGGUUAUAGGCAAUUUACAAAGAUUUAAGAAAUUCACACCUGAAAUAUAUGUUUUCUUUCUACUUUACUGCUAGUUAACUACGCAGCACAUGUAUAUGGCUAUGUGAAUGAAUGGCGCAAAAAUCCUCAGUGGUCCUUUUCUUGCUGUUUGGCUCUAGUCCUUCCCCUAAUUGCUUUACCGGGAGAAAUUAGUAGUUUGUCAAAAACGAACAUCCUACGCACCCAGCUUGAUUCGGGGCAGAUGGAGUUGGGCACUCUAACAGAUGCCGUGAAAAAUUGUGGCGUGAUUGAAGUCACUCUUGGAGAAGAUGAAGACAAAGAGGAAGAUGAAGAAGAA